AUGCAAACCGACCCUCCCGCCGGCGUCUCCGCAUCUCCUAUCGCCGAUAAUGUCAUGACUUGGUACUCAAGCUGUGCCCAGCCGUAUUGUUACUGUAUGGCCGGAAGCGUGCUAAUACUUAUGUCUAGGAAUGCUGUUAUCAUUGGGCCUGCCGACACACCAUUUGAAGAUGGAACUUUCCGCCUCGUGAUGCAUUUUGAGGAGCAGUAUCCGAACAAGCCCCCAGGCGUCAAGUUCGUCAGCCAGAUGUUCCAUCCAAACGUUUACGGCACCGGAGAGUUGUGUCUAGACAUCCUGCAGAACCGCUGGAGCCCAACUUACGAUGUUGCUGCCAUCUUAACUAGUAUCCAGAGUUUAUUGAAUGAUCCCAACACGUCAUCCCCUGCCAACGUCGAAGCCUCUAAUCUCUAUAAGGAUAACCGCCGAGAGUACACCAAACGUGUUCGUGAGACCGUUGAGAAGAGCUGGGAGGACUAA